AUGCAGAACGGGGAGACUAUGAGCCCGCAGGACUCCAGAGCAGAAGGGGCUGAGUCCAUGGAGGAGCAGAAGGCCCAGAACCAGACCCAGAAUCAGGGGUGUGUGGAGCCCACAGCCCCUCCACUUCCUCCACCUUCACCGCCACCACCAGGGCCACCAGAGUACCCGAGGCCUAGACUCAUCUUCCACACUCAGUUGGCUCAUGGGAGUCCCACAGGCCGCAUCCACGGAUUCACCAACGUCAAGGAGCUGUAUGGCAAGAUCGCUGAGGUGUUCAACAUCUCCCCAUCAGAGAUCCUUUUCUGCACCCUCAACUCUCAUAAAGUGGACAUGCAGAAGCUACUGGGGGGGCAGAUCGGACUGGAAGACUUCAUCUUUGCUCAUGUCAGAGGGGAGACCAAGGAGGUGGAGGUGACAAAGACGGAAGACGCAUUGGGCCUCACAAUCACAGACAAUGGAGCUGGAUAUGCUUUCAUCAAGAGGAUAAAGGAAGGCAGCACCAUAGACCGGCUGAAGACGGUAUGUGUUGGCGACCACAUCGAGGCCAUCAAUGACCAGAGCAUUGUUGGCUGUCGACACUACGAGGUGGCUAAGAUGCUUAAAGAGCAACCGAGAGGCAUACCCUUCACUCUCCGCCUGGUGGGGCCCAAGAAGGCCUUUGACAUGAUUGGAAUGAGAACCAGGGCGCCAAAAUCCAAUGAGGGAAAGAUGGUGAACGGCAGGGAGACGCUGCGUCUUCGCUCCAAGGGUGCUGCUACAGUUCAGGAAGUGCAGAAUGAGUUUGAGGAACAGGCCACCAAGAAAGUGGACGACCUGCUGGAGAGCUACAUGGGCAUCAGGGAUCUGGAUCUGGCAACCACCAUCGUGGAAGCGGGCAAAGACAAGAAGAACCCCGAUGACUUUGCAGAGGCCUUGGACUCGGUUCUGGGAGAUUUUGCCUUUCCUGAUGUGUUUUUGUUUGAUGUAUGGGGAGCUAUUGGAGACGUCAAGAACGGCAGAAUUUAAACAUUUAAGGCAUAAAGAACGCGCAUAAGCUUUUAAUGUUGCCUUCGCAGUCCUCGCAUUCAUUUUUAAUCACGUACUUUCAAACCGUGAUGGGGACUGCAAUUAAUUCAGCCACUUCCCUUUUGAACAGUCAAAUGAGAAUAAAGUGCUCCUCAGCAGAUCAUCACUCUUAAUGUCAAACAUUUACAGAACAAAUCACCAAAAAUUGCAGUGUAGUUACAAGACAUUUAUACUGAUAUUAAAGAUUGAACUUAAUCUAGGUAUUUAGAUAAUGAUCUUCUUCUGGGAGGAAAACAGUGACCGUAAAGAUAGUUGGUUGACCAAAAUACAUCACUUAUUAUUACUUAUUUCAAUUUGGAUUGAAGUUUACAAUUUGUUUAGAGGGCUCCCUCCACAUACAUAUAGUGCAUGAUAUUAAAAAAGGGUUAACACUGUGUGAGGAACUGCGAAACAGUUGAUAAUCAUCCAGCCAUCUGGGAAUCAAGGAAGUUAGAUAUGAUCCAGUAAACCCUUUCCUGCUGAUGAAGUACCACAAGGGAAUACAGACGAGGAACAUGGAAACAGUUCUGGGUUAUCAAGUCAGAAUGUAUUGACCUACAAUUUCUCUGCUAAUAACCUAUACAAGCUUAAUAUUUACACAUACAGUAUGUUUUAUGUUAUAAAAUAUUUGUCACUGCAUUUGUAUAACAUUUAUUUUCUAAAUAUAUGCAUAAGUGGCUCCAGUGAAAUUAAGUACUAAAUACUUUAAGAUGUCUGAGUCCUCCAAAGAAGGACUGAUCUGAGCUUGGACAGAUUAUUUGUUUUAGGACAUUAAUCAAAAUGGAUAAUCUGUGUCAAGGGGGACAAUCUCCAGCUGCACUCCAUUUUCCCUCAUGACCAUCAAACAGAAACUGAUCUCAAAGCUUCCCACAGUAUAAACACAAAUAAAAAAAAAGCUAGCCUGUGUGCAUGCAAACAUUUUUCUAAAGAGCUCCCUGCUGCGAUUUGUGCAUUGAUAUCAAAUCAACAAUGCAUCACACACUCACUUUGUUUCCAACAGGAAACAUUACUUGUUUGUUUCAGAAAGAGAAUGUAAAUAUACCACUUUCACUUAUCUUAGUUUCACUUUCUGUUGUUCAAAAGAAAGGAAGCGGCAAACUACAUGUUGGAGUUUGACAGCUACAUGUUUUCUGGCACACCAAACAAUUUCAGCAAUGUAUAGAGUAACUUUCCCCCCGACACACAAGCAAGUAAACACUGACCCGCCAAAUUUCAAACUGUAGCUUGAGUCUACGUCACUCAUUCUGGCUGCGCUGAUCCAGCGACAUCAUUAUCAUGAUUUU